AUGUUGAGCGCACGGAUCAUACUGCCACGGGGUGGGGGGAAGAGAGAUGAUGUUCUGGGGAAAAGCACGAGCCUCUCUUUCUCGCUUCACUCAACAGUCAACACUACUGGCCACUCACUCGCAUCUACAUCUUAUUCGUACUCAGUCCUGUUCCUACCGCCUACUACUAGGAUUUCCAUCUCCGGUAACAACUGGAUAACCCUCGAGCACAUCAUGAUCACAAGAUGUCCAGCCCUACCUCUGGUCUAUAUCACCCUGGCACGCAUUUCACCGAUCCCAUCCAUACCUGAGCCUAGAAUCGACAAUGACACUCGAACUUACCUUCCUCCUUCGUUCCGGAUAGACAAUCUAGACCGACUACAGCCCGUUCAUCACCUCAUCCUUCAACACUACCAGAAUAUCGACCCUCUCACACUCGUACGAGCGUCAAAAUCGUAUUAUGAGUCGAUCAUCCCUCAAUUGUAUCGGGGAUUUUAA